AUGGAGACGAAGCCUACCGAGAUCAGCAGCAGCAAGAUGUUCGGCGGCUACAAUAAGAGGUUCAAACAUUUCAGUCCCACCCUCGGCUGCUCCAUGAACUUCCACAUCUACUUCCCUCAUUCUCCCUCUCCCUCUCACAAAUUCCCAGUGCUGUAUUGGCUCUCUGGCCUCACUUGCACCGACGAGAACUUCAUAGCAAAGGCCGGUGCUCAAAGCGUAGCUGCCACUGAGGGCAUUGCCUUGGUUGCGCCCGACACAUCCCCAAGAGGCUUGAAUGUAGAAGGAGAAGCAGAAAACUGGGACUUUGGAGUAGGUGCUGGGUUUUAUCUCAAUGCAACACAAGAGAAGUGGAAGAAUUGGCAGAUGUAUGAUUACGUCGUCAAGGAGUUGCCAAAACUUCUGAGUGAUAAUUUUCCACAGCUUGAAACAUCAAAGGCCUCUAUAUUUGGUCACUCUAUGGGUGGGCAUGGUGCUCUGACAAUCUACCUGAAAAAUCAGGAUAAAUAUAAGUCAGUUUCUGCCUUCGCUCCAGUAGCAAAUCCUAUAAAUUGUCCUUGGGGACAGAAGGCAUUCACAAAUUAUCUAGGUGACAAUAAAUCUGAUUGGGAGGAGUAUGAUGCCACUUAUUUGGUAACGAAGUUUCCCAAUGUCUCUUCCACCAUUUUGAUUGAUCAGGGGGAAGAUGACAAAUUUUUGCCUGAUCAACUGCUGCCUCACAAGUUUGAAGAAGCUUGCAAAAAAGCCAAUAUCCCCCUACUGUUACGUUUCCAACCUGGUUAUGACCACGGUUACUAUUUUAUAGCCACUUUCAUUGAUGAUCACAUCCGGCAUCAUGCUCAAGCUCUUAGGCUUAAUUAA